UGAGGAUUUCUCACGUCACACAAGCUUGCAGGCAAGAUGGCGCUCGGAAAGCUGUGAGAUGUGAAAACAGAAGGGCUGUUUGAAGAGCUUCUCUCGAUGCAUCAAGGUUUCAUAGGUGAAGAAAAAGAAGUUGGAAAUGGAAUUGCCAAAUCAUGCCAAACAAUUGCUGCUGCAGCUAAACCAACAAAGAGCCAAAGGUUAUCUGUGUGAUGUGAUCAUAGUAGUAGAAAAUGCCCUUUUUCGGGCCCACAAGAACAUCCUGGCAGCCAGCAGCAUCUAUUUCAAAUCCCUUAUCCUUCAUGACAACUUGAUUAACCUCGACACGGACAUGGUCAACCCGUCGGUUUUCCGGCAGGUUCUGGACUUCAUUUAUACUGGCAAGCUUUUGUCGUCUGAUCAGUUCAGUGACCACAAUUUCAAUGCCCUUCUAACGGCAGCAAGCUACCUCCAACUUCAUGACCUGGCUGCUCUCUGCAGGAAGAAGCUCAAGCGUAAUGGGAGAUCCCUUCUUAAUAAACCAACCACACCUACCAAUGGAAGAACGUCUAGGAACCAAAGGCUGUCCUCUACACCUGUAACUCCAAACCAAAUGUCAGGGUUAAAAGACAGUGAGAAGACAAAGAGGCAUGAGGAGCUACUCAAAGACGACUUGUCUGAGGACGAGAUGUUUGUGAGAAACACCCACUGUGCAACCUCAGCAAAUUCGCUCAGUCCCUCAACGAGUAAGAAUGGAAGCAAUGGCAGUUGUGGCAUGCAGGAACUUGGCCUAGACCUUUCCAAGAAAAGCCCCUCAGGGAGCACAGCCACUGAAGAAGUAAGUCCCAGCAGCAUCCCACAAGGAUCACCUCAGUCUGCCUCAGAAUCCACAGCCAACAGUGCCUCAUUUGAUGAUAACACCAACACGCAGAACCGCACCGCUGGAGAGCCCAUGGAGCUGGGUGGAGGAGAAUGUGAAGAAAGCCAACGGCCUUCGGACGUCGAACAGCAUAAAAGUUCCCGGCAGGUCACCCGGCAGAGGCGGAAGCCCAAGAGUAAAGGCAACAAGGGCGAAGAUGCAGAACGAGAAACUUUACCCAACGGAGUGGCCAAAAGAUUGAACGUGGCUGGGGAGAGGCUCCCUGGUGGAGGAAAUGGCAAUUCUGAAGUAUCCUUCCAGUGUAAAGAUGAUGAGGAAGGUUUAGAGAAUGGACAGGAGCAAAGUGAAGAGAGUGGACAGAGUGAGAGUGAAGGUGGGCGCAAUAGCGCCAAUUACGUCUACCGCCAAGAAGGCUUUGAGCCUGCCCUUGGUGACAACCUUUAUGUUUGCAUCCCCUGUGGUAAAGGCUUCCCGAGCUCCGAGGAACUGAAUGCCCACGUGGAGACCCACACAGAGGAAGAGUUGUACAUCAAAGAGGAGGAUGAUGAUUCCUAUCCAAAGGAAGAUGAAGUAGAAGCGGAAGACUUGUCUUCACAAAUAACCCAUGUCCAUGGCACCGAGUCGCGUCGCUUCAGCUGCUCGGUCUGCAACAAGAGCUACAAAGAUCCGGCCACUCUUCGACAACAUGAGAAGACCCACUGGCUCACCCGUCCCUUCCCCUGCAACAUCUGCGGCAAGAUGUUCACCCAACGCGGCACCAUGACCCGCCACAUGCGCAGCCACCUGGGGCUGAAGCCAUUCGCCUGCGAGGAGUGCGGCAUGCGCUUUACCCGCCAGUACCGGCUCACGGAGCACAUGCGGGUUCACUCAGGUGAGAAGCCGUACGAAUGUCAGCUAUGUGGGGGAAAAUUUACCCAGCAGCGUAACCUCAUUAGCCACCUACGAAUGCAUACCUCCCCGUCAUAAGCCAAAGACACCUUGAACAGGAGACCCUCAGCAAAAAGAGUCACUGCACACCUCUUCCUUUUGAAGUACACUGCAAGGAGCUGAUAACCCAAAGCAGGAUUCUCUUCUGCUGUUAAUUACAGGAGGAGCCUUUCAUACAAUGAGCCCCAACAAUGGAAAGAAUAAACCAAUCGGUAUGAGUUUAUGGGCAUAUGAUUUUUAUUUUUUUGAAUUUUGCUGUGAAUGUAAAAUAGGGGUACUAAUGCUGUUGUAUGAUUCCUUGGGAUAUUGUGACCACUCUCAACCACUGCAAUCCAUGCAUUGCUUUCACAAGUCCAUGUGGUCUGUCUGAUUGUUUAGGGUUUUGGGUGUCCCAGAAAUAUUCCUUCUUUCCAUUCUUGGUCCUUGAUAAUUUAUCACUCUCGAGAGUUCUGGUGGUAUAUUUUAUGUAAAACUCUCAGCAAGGUUUGAGCUUGUACUGACCAAUUUAUUCUAUACACAAAGGUUCUAAUUCUUUGAAGUGUCUCCUAAGGAUCUCAAAGAUGGUGUUUUCAGACAUGCAAGAUGUCUUGUCUGUCAUCAUGUAAGUGUUGUUUCAUAAAAGCUUUGUGCAGCCAACCAAACAUUUCCCAGUAUACCUACUCUGCACAUCACAUCCAUUGGCUUAAUUCUAGGUGUAGCUGGAAAACAGGGUCUUUGUAAGUUUUGUACUGUGGUUGAUGAUUCGUUGAUCAGAUUUAGCAUGGAUAUACCCUAAUGUACCCUGCUCCUACAUCUAGAUGCAAGCCAAUGGCAAAGUGGUGACGAGAGGCCAUGGGUGUCUUUUUUGUCGAUUACUCACAUAGUAUAUUGGGGUUUACUCUCAAAGAAAAGCCAAACUUAAAGGUACUUGUUUUUAGAUUUCUUUAGAUAACUUAUUGGUAUGCUUCUGUGAAUGUUUUAACUUGAAGUUCUUUCCUUUAUUUCUUUAGGAUCAGAGAGGGUUGGGUUGAUUUGGGUGAUGGGUUGGGCAGGGUUCAUUUGAGUGAUAUUGAACUUCAGAAAUUCUGUCUGUACUGUUAUUUUUCACUUUUUUGAUUACAUAUUUUCCCUUCACUGAACAAGGCGAGUCCAUAAGGUCUCGUCUCAUUGCUACCUCUUAAUUAAGAACAAUACAUUAAUUGGAACUAUGGAGGUCUCUGAAUAUAGAUGUAUAAAGUUUGCUGAGGCUUUCAAAGUAGUUGUAACCUGCCCAUCAACAAAGGUUUUAAGUUUUAAAAGCAUUAAUGUAGAGAAUAGCUUCUUUGGGCGCAUGUAUUUAAGGUAUUGAGCGUUUUAUGUCAGAGAAAUCCAAAGAGAAAUGUAAUACUGAGGAGAAUGGCUUACCAACAAACGUUUCCUGUAGAAUAUCCCUACCAAAGUUUUUAGAUUGCAUUGCAGGAGGUAAGGAUGUACUUUUGUCUUUUAGUUCUUGACGAAGAGCAAUGUAGUGGGAUGUUAGUUUGUACUUGACAUUUUACUAAAAACCAAUGAACUUCUGGUGGUUGGUGGGCCGCUGGCUUUCCAUUUUUUUUCUGAAGUUUACAGUAGUUUUUCAAGAGUGUCUUUUGGAUUCUUACUUUGUCUGCAGAGAGACUUUGAAGAACUUCAGAAGGACUCAUUUAUUUUAGUUCAGACCAAGAGAAAACCGUAUAGCAAUUGUCGUAGGUUCUUGUGUUACAUGUUGACCACACUUGGAAAGCUUACUGAAUAAGGAGGAAUUGAUGCACUGGAUUGCUUAUUAGCCAUCAGCCCCAAAUAAAACCUUGUUCUAAAACCAUGCUAAAUUACAUGGCGUCAAGUAAAAACCAUUAUCAUUUACUCAUUCGAGGUAUUAUGUAAAGUAUGCAUGUUGAAAAGAAUGUAAGGUUAUUCAAAAUGCUGGUAAUUGUGUUGGGUGAAUGUUACAUGAUCAGUGUUGGGUAGACGCUGAUGGAUAUAUUUAUAGUUCAGUGCUGAAUUCUUUGCUGCCAUCUUCAUUUCAUAACUCAGUUACGGAUGAAUUAUUUCGCCAAUCCCAGUGUAUCACAUUCCAUGAGUAA